AUGCCCUGUCGUGCCCCCCUCGUGCUUCCGAAUUCCUCCACUGCCAAGCUUCUAGGCGCAUCUGACUUCAGAAAUCUGGAGCCGGCGAGUCUUCUGCGUCGAGGCUGGGAAGGAGGAAAAUUCCACGGGUGGCGGUUUCGGGAACAGAGACCCCGGGCGCUCGGCACCUGCUGCAGCGUGCAACUCUUUGCAGCCUGCAGCGGGGAACGGCAAACGCCGCCCGGGGGGGCUCCUGUCCGCGCCACCUGUAAAAGUUCGGAGUCUCGGGCCGGGUUUCGGGGCCCGCGUUCCGCUAGGGAGCUUUGCCGAGCUCUCGCCGUCGCCGCCCCUGCUCUGCCUCUGCCGCCGCCGCCUGCAGCUUGGCGGGCGCCCCUGGGCUCGGGUCCCGCCGGGCUCGGAGUUGGCAGAAGCUCGGCCGGCUGGGCGGGAAGCUUUUAUCACCGGCGGCCGCGACGUCACCGGGAAGGGGCAGUACCCGCGCCGCGCUCUCGCCAGUCCCCGUGCGCGGCGCGGCAGCUGCACCAGCUGUGGGCAACUGUCUCUGUCACCCGCGCAGCCACCACGCCUUUCCCCGCUACCUGCGGGGCCAGUCUGCGAGCCGGGCGCCCCCUGGCACUCCGCGAGGGGGCGCUGGGGGUCCUUGGAGUAACCGCGCCAGAUGGGGUCUGCAGCUGGGACCACAGAGGCACCCGGGCCCAGGCAAGGACCUGCCGAAAGCUAGAGGGCUGCACCCCAACUUUCGGCCGAGAGCGGCCCCGAGAGCUGCGGCAGUUCUGCAGAGGCGCUUCCCCGUGGCCGCGGGGACUCGGCAGCGUGGGGGCGACGAGCCAGCGCUGCGCCCCGGCCCUGCUCCAGUCUGAGUGCUCCUCCCGCUCUCCCGAGCUGCGGCGGAGAAGCAGCUGCGGUUCCAGAGACUAGCACACAUCCAAAAGAACAAAAGCAACCACUGUUGGAGAGGAUGUGGGGAGAAAGAAACCCUUCUACACUGCUGGUGGGAAUGCUGACUGGUUCAGCCCUUUUGG